ACCGAAACUACCCGCCACUUCAUUUUAAACGUAUGUGUAUGAUGACAGAGAACGUGAUGGAUGUAAAUAAGUAUGAUGGGUAUACAAAGUUUAAUUUUUAAUUAGGAAACGCAUCAGAAAACGUGUUUUGAAAUUCUAUAUUCGAUGGAAAGCUCACCGACUGCUGCGGAGGAACACAGACAACUUGUUACGGAGGAAUAUAGUGAUGGUGUAGAAAUGAAAAAUAGUUCUAAAAUCAACGAAAAAUUAUCCGAAAGGGGAGAAAAAAGUUCCACGAGUAAUGGAAAAAAUGAGAUAAAUGGACUAAAGAAAGAAAAUGGCGAUAGAAACAGCGAAAAUAAAGAAGCUGAAAAGAAAGCAGCAGUCAAACGCAGACCGUUGUCUACAAAAAGUACCCGUAGUAAUGACUUAAAAGACAGGGGUAAGAGGAGAGAGCCUGUUAUAGCAGUUAAAGGAAAGCAUACUGUCAAAAGACGUAGUAGCUCAUCAGACGUUGUUAAGGGAAAGGGGCAUUUAUUAUCUAAGAAGAUUUCUAAAAGGCCAGAGGCGUCGGGACAUACAUCAGCAGUGGAUAGCGGAUCUCAACUGACCGGUUCAAAGGUCAGUGUUAAAGAAGAUACUGUGAAAUUACAGGACCCAGGGGUCAGACCGCAAAGUUCCUCGAGUAAACAUUCAGACAAGAGUAACGGUAAUGGAUUCGUAGUGGUGGACAGUGACGUAAAGGCGGCGAAAUCCAAGACCUCGGCCCAAGACAACAAAUCGAAAACGUUCGGAAUUAAAAAGUCUUGGCAAAAAUUAAAGUCGGCGAAAGUAAACGGUAAACGUUUAAUUUCCUCACAAGGCAAUGGAUCUCUGCCGUUAUCAAACGACGUUAAAGCAAAGCAAGACAUUGACAACGUGUCGAAAAGCGAAGUCCCUAAAUCCAAAGAAAAAAUAGCUGAGAAACCAAAAAGUUCAUCGGAAGUCAAGGGAGCAUUAACACCUGAUUUCAUUCAAAAUUCUCCGGAUUCUCCUGUUCUAGCAAAUGAUGAAAGUUCUCAAUUGUCUGCUGAGCCAGUUAUUCAGUAUGGAAAUGGUGUUAAAUAUAAUGAAGAUGAAAGGACAAAGUCUUUGGUGUCUAGUUCGGAGCCCUGGAUUCAAUCUGCCAUACCUUAUCUUCCAUUAGGAUUGUCUGUGAUAUGUCUGCUGAUGAAUAUAAUCAUCCCUGGUUCAGGGACAGUUCUGAGCGGGUUUUCCAUCCUCUUGUGCGGAGAAACGCGAUUACAAGCAAAGGAAGACCAGAAGACGGUGACCCUGUGCGUUAACGUGUGGGUGGGCGUGUCCCAGUUGUUCACAGUUACUUUCCUGUUUGUGGGCUGGUUCUGGAGCCUCGCCUGGGGAAUCAAACUCGUUACGCUUUCUGUGGAAUACAAAAGGCAAUUAAAAGAGAAAAGAGAAAGAGAAUUACAAGUUAUCGCUUUGAAGGCCUUUGGAUCAGCCAUGCACGUACGUCCGACGUUCUCCGUGGUUACCGAGUGAUAAAGUGUGUUGACACGCAGACUGCUCACCUUGGAGAACCAACAUUGUUUGCAUGUGAUUGGUACAUUGGGUAUCGUCCAUUGCUGAAGUUAUGGAAAUAAAUCAUUUCUGCGAAUUGAGUAACUCAUAGUGUGCUUUGUUCUGUAUGUCUAUCAAUAUAGAAAAGGUAAAUUAUCAAAUCAUUACGUAAGAACGGACUACAACUUGAAAUGUUUAUUUUAUUGAUGAAAUCAAUAUUUAAAAACCAUACAACAAUACUGUCACACACAUUAAGCGAUGUAGUCCUGUCACUACCACUAUGAUUGAUAACUUCUAGUUUGGUAAUAUCGAAAUGUACUACAAAUGCUUGAAUUUGAAUGUGUAUUAAUUUAUCAAUAUUUCGUAUGGUAUAUAUUUAUUUUCUUUUUUUUCCCCCAUUGUUUAAGAUAUUUUAUUUUCUUAUUGAUUUUUGAUUUGUAAUACAAACUGUAUAAACAGUUAUUCAAUCGAUAUCAAAACGUGUCAAAAUACAAUUGCACACUUUGAAUGCAUAUACUUUUAAUUGUAAAAUAUCUUACAUGACUGACCAUGUAUAGCGUAAUAAAACAAAUACCUAAGGUC